AGUCAGUGCGAUAAAUACGAAGCGCGGGCACAUUUUCCUUCGCGACGUUUUUCUUUUUUUCUUUACAUUAUUUUGGAGAGCGGGAACGUACAUUGCAUUUCUAGAUCAAGGAAUAUUGCAUUUGAUGGUCUGGAUUUUAUCACAGGGAAAAUCAGUUUGAAGCCCUGACAACCAUUUAUUUGUUUAACUAUUUGAUAUAACGGUGCAAUUACUCGUGAGCUGGUAAAAGGAGAUAGAAAAUAAAAUAGAAGAUUUUCUUCCAUUUUUGUGACGCUGAGGAAUUUCAGAGCUGGUACGCAUGGGCUUCUGACCGAGAAGCCAAUCUGUCCAAAAAUGCUUCGUAAUCUUACCGCCACAACAAGCCAGAGUUAUGAAAAUUAAUUUGAGCGCCAAAACGAAAAUGGAAAUGAGAAACGAAUUUGCCGAGCUCAACGGAAUUCGACUCGCUAUCUUGCAAAUGCGAGCAGGGAAUGGAGGCAAAAAUAUCAAGAUGUACGCCCUAACUCAAGUAUUCCAAGCCUUUCAAAAUGGAAGGAAUUCUGUUCCCCGAACCACGUUUCAUAAACGCUUGAAGAAGCUGCAUAUCGACAGAAAACCGUGUAAAUUGAGACAGAUUCAUCGCUUGAAAUGGCUAAAAGCUGUACCACAUCGUACCAGCAAAUGCUGUCUAAUUUCCCAUGACGAUUUGCUGAAGCUAUGCCGCUCAUGUGGUGUAAAAACAGAGGGCUUGGCAAACGAAAAUGGUGUCAAAAUCAACCUCAAAACUAAGCACAAGAAACACACGAAAAAUGUUAAGAAACGUGAAAAGAAGAUAAAAAGAGAAUGUACAGAUGCAACUAAAUUUGAGUUGGGGCAUUCAGGGCGCUCAGAUAGAAUUAUUGAGUGUCAGAACCUGUGCAACGCAGAGAUUCCAAAUGCUUCAAAAUCCGACAUAUUUUUUGCUCGCAGUAGAUCGGCGGACAGUGACUUCUGUACACAACAUGUGCGUAGCAUUGGCAAUACAGAUUGCAAGGGAACUACAUGUAAACAAAUAGGGGACAGCAGCGGCGCUGAGCAUGUCUGUAGCAACUCGACGACUAAAUCGGUGGAAUUUUCGUUUUCUGAGCCUUGUAUUGGCUUCCAGGCUUGUGAGAGGAAAACUGUGACAUUUGACAUUCAUUCUACAGCAUUUUCUACAGCAGACAGACCUUUAAUUGGCGCUGGACGAGCAAAUAAUAUGCGCGGAGAAGUCGAUUUUGAUUGCGGCGAAAAGGAAGGGACAAACAUGGACGAUAAUGAUACUACAGACACAUGCAAUCCUAUUGCCACAGUUAGCAACGUGAGCCACGAAUGUGAUAUGCACAGUGAAACAAAUAUUACCACUUUGAAAGGAAAGGAAUAUUUCGGAUUUACUGGACAGGAGAAGGAGGAUAAUUCUUGGCAGUCGUUUGGAAAUGUCCCCGACCAAGAUGGUGCCGCCAUAUUGGAGAAUACCGAGGAGAGUAAUGGUGGAGAGGUACGUUUUGUGAAUGGAUUUCAAUUUGCGGACGCAGCUCAGCAGAUACGCGUGGGCUGUAUGGAUUUGGAGAGUGACAGCGACCAAGAAAGUGAGUUGUCUAACCUGGAAAUCAACUCGAAUCUGUCUGAUUUAUCGGAGCUUUCUGUGUCCAGUGAGUCCUUGGAUUCGGUCUCGAGCACAGACACGAGCGUAGGGGAGCUCGCCAGGGUUCGAUGGCGGGCCAGGGUCGGGUCAAAUUCAGACGGCGAGUCGGAAUGCACGACAAGCUUGUGUAGUCCGGCAAGGUUCAUUCACGGAGCGAAGCCAUGUCGUAAUAACAAACCAUGCAUAGCAAACAACUGUGGUCAGCUAAGUUCAGAUACCUCGCAGUGUAACUCCAAUAACUUAUGGUCGCAGCACUCUGCUAUGUACGUCAAGAAAAUAAACAACUCUUUGCGACUAAAGGAUAAAAAAUGCUCAACAGUGCAGGAAUAUAAUAGAAAUUGCCAAAGAAACAUUCAGCGGGGAGUCCGUGGAAAUCAUGAAAGCGAGCAGAGCAGGGAGCUUUCGUACAGCCGCAACUCUCCGGAGGUUGUCGUGGCUGGGCAGGGGGAACACCAAGAUAGCGUUGCAGAAACCAAGUCAGAAAUCUGUCAGAAGAGGAAACGACACGGAGAGCAAGGGGAUCCGAAGAAAGUGGCGGAAUUGAAGCGAAAACUCGAAGCAAUUUCCAGCGAGUUGGCACGCCUUCAAAAAGGCAAGGCUAAAAAAUCCAUCGGAAAGGGUGCACAUAGCAAACACAAAAAGACCCGGCGAUUAAAACCUAAAAAAACCCAUGGCGGGUCGAGGAUAAAGCGAUCCAACAACAGGGGACUGGACGACCCUAAGACUGCCACUUUUAAGAUGUCAGAGUUUCUAUUAUUACCGCCUUCGUUGGUUGUAAGGGAUGGGGACUUGAAGCCGGCUUGUAGCAUGGCUGUUCCGAGGGGCGUCCACCCUCCCAAAUGCCACCCUGUUUGGAGGUGGAAAAUCGGUGGUUCGCCUCUACCCAAACCAAACCGGCAUAAAGUUCUACAACACGGUGUUAUUACUGCAAGAUGA